AUGGCUGAUGAGGUCUAUCAGGAGAACAUCUACACUGAGAGGAAGUUCUACUCGUUCAAGAAGAUCCUCCGAGACCUCCAGAAGGAGAACCCUGGCAAGUUUGACUUGGUCCAGCUGGUCAGCUUCCACUCUACCUCUAAGGGUCUCCUUGGUGAGUGCGGUCAGCGUGGUGGUUACAUGGAACUUGUUGGCUUCGAUGAGCCCACUAUCGCUCAGUUCAACAAGGUUGCAGCCUCUUGUCUUUCCUCUAACACUUUGGGUCAGAUCUUCGUCGGCCUUAUGUGCACUCCUCCCCCCGAGAACGGCCCCAGCUAUCCUCUAUUCAAGCAGGAGCGUCAGAACAUCUACGAUGGUCUUAAGAGAAGGGCCGAGGCCAUCUCUCAGGAGUUCAACAAGAUCGAGGGUAUGAGUUGCCAACGUGUCCAGGGUGCCAUGUACGCCUUCGUCAACAUCGAGCUCCCCAAGAAGGCUACUGAGGCUGCCAAGGUCCGUGGCUUCGCCAGUGCUGAUGUUAUGUACUGCCUCGAUUUGGUCGAGCAGACUGGCAUCGUGUGUGUCCCUGGUAACGGCUUCAAGGAGGUUGAGGGUACCAACCAUUUCAGGAUUACCAUCCUUCCUCCUGAUGAUAUGAUGAAGGAGAUGAUCGGUAAGCUCGCCGACUUCCAUAAGAACUUCCUCGCUAAGUACCAUUAG